UUGCCCUUCUCUCCUAUAUAGCCAUCUCACAUCGCCGUUGCCUGUGAAAAUUACAGAAAAUCAUGGAGUUUUUGGACGAGGACGCCAGACCCAGAUUCCUCUUCCAAUCACGGCCUCAACCCUCUUCGCCAUCCCAAGAAAAAAUCCCACAAAAACCCUCAAAAUUCUUGCUUUUCGUUUCCCUCUCGAUCUCUUCCCUUCUUCUCUCUCUAUCCCUAUUCUACGUUGAGUCCGAGCCCUUCAAAUCCCUCCUCUUUUGGCUCUCUCUCUCCCUCUUCGUUGGCCCCUUCGCCCCUCCUUCCGUCACUGGCGGUGACAUUCGCGUUGGAGUUGGACCCAUCAUCCCCGAUCCCAUCGAUCAAGAGCCUCAACCCGAGCCUGAAUCUAAGAAAAAAUCUUCCCAGAGAUGGUCAAAGGCUGCUAAAGUUGAUGAACCCAGUGGAAGUCGUGCUUCUUUAGCUGAAGACGCAAAUGAGUUUCCACAAAAGAUGGUGAAAAGUAAAGAUUCAAAUAGGUUGUCGAAAAAGGAAGAUCUCGGGAGUAAUUCCGAUGGAGGGGAAAAGGAAUGGAGUGAGGCAGAUGUGGAGAUGUUGAAGAAACAAAUGGCAAAGAAUCCGGUGGGGAAACCGGGUCGAUGGGAGACUAUUGCUGCAGCCUUUAACGGGAAACAUAAAACGGAAAGUGUGAUAAAGAAAGCAAAAGAAUUGGGAGAGAAAAAGGUGGAUGAUGCUGAUUCAUAUGCUAAGUUUUUGAAGAACAGGAAGCCAUUGGAUACGAGAAUCAACGAGGAAGACAGUCGCAGUGGUGGAGCAGUUGUGUGGAAUUCAGUGGAAGACAUUGCUUUGCUUAAUGCUUUGAAAGCUUUUCCUAAAGAUGUGGCCAUGAGGUGGGAGAAGAUUGCUGCUGCUGUGCCUGGGAAAUCCAAGGCAGCUUGUAUGAAGAGAGUUGCCGAGUUGAAGAAGGAUUUUAGGAGCUCAAAAGCUAGCAAUUGAUGAAUAGAUUUG